AUGGGCAUCUCAAAGGAAUCAGUGAGGACUUACCUCCAAUACAAUCUGUUUGACAGUUUGCGUUUGGUUGACAAGACCCUAUUCAAACAGAAGCUGGUAGGUCUGGCAAUUGGUCAAAUUGUGUCGCUCUGUAUCACAGGCACUGGAGUGUUCAGUCAGCUUCUGGUGAUAAACUACAACGUCAACAUUCCCACGGCCCAAUCGUUGCUCAACUACAUUCUGCUCAUGUUCUACUCGAUCGUGCUUAUCAAACGUGGCACCUUCUGGCACAGUAUCAAGACAAAGACCAUCUUUUUGCUUCCAUUGGCAUUCAUCGAUGUCGAGGCCAACUACCUGGCAGUUAAGGCCUACCAAUACACCAGCAUCACCUCUGCCAUGUUGCUCGACUGUUGGACCAUCCCAUGCGUCGUUGUCCUGACCAGAAUCUUCCUCAAGACCCGCUACACAUUGGUACAAGUAUUUGCCGUCGUACUUUCCAUUAGUGGAAUGGUCCUUCUUGUUGUCUCUGAUUUGCUUCAGGGAGAGUCUGCCAACGGUGGUUCAAACCCACUGCUCGGUGACAUGUUUGUCAUCAUCGCCUCAUGUCUCUAUGCUAUAUCCAACGUUGGUCAAGAGUUUACCGUCAAGAAGUAUGAUCAGUACACCUACUUGGCCUUGGUCGGUAUCUAUGGUUCAAUUAUCUCUGCCAUUCAAUUGUCAAUUUUCGAAAGGAACGAGCUUCAAACAAUGGUUUGGAACGGUGAGGUGGUUGGCUAUAUCAUUGCUUUUGCCUUGUGUCUCUUUGCAAUGUACUCAGUUGUGCCUCACCUGAUGAGAAUCGCAGGAUCCACCUUGAUGAACCUUUCCAUUCUGACAGCCGAUAUUUACAGUGUCAUCAUUGCCAUCUUCUUGUUUGACCGCAAGCUCAACUGGUUGUUCUACUUGUCAUUGGUCGUCAUCACAUCGGCCUUGGCCAUCUACAACCUUACUCAACCACAUUACAAGUCCGAGGAAGUCCUAAAGUUGAAGGAUUUGGAGUCGGCAGCGAACAAUGAGGAGGAGGAGGACACCCAACCCCAGGUGGAAGAAUACCAAUCAACCCCAAUGUCUGUAGAGGUCGUUGACAAGACUUCAGCGCCCACUACUGUUGUUGAAGCAACAAUGACAAACGAAACCACAUCUGACGAUAGCUCUUCUGGUGAGAAUCAAGACAACAACACUACAGUCGUCCAACAAGACGACCAGCAGGCUUCACACCUGGAGAACUCCAGAACCAACUUGAUCACUGAUGGACUUUAA